CACCGAUCCCCCGGUUACCAUCACUCUCAAGAACGCUCCCCACUCAACUGCCCUCUAUCUCGCAAGGCCCGCGCCAACUCCGAAUUUCUUGGGAUGCUACCCGACAGUGCCAUAAUCUCUGGCGUACCAGCUAGUGCCAUGAAGGCCAUGAUCGCCCAUCUGGAAGGUGAUGACAUGUUCGAUAUGGUGUUCUACGUGGACCACUACACGAACACGCGAAUCGUGCGGUUGUGGAUUCUUGCGGGCCAGAUGAAACUCUACAAGGUCCAGAACCAGCUGCUUGAAGCCUGCGUGCAAGAGUAUAUCAAGCUCAAGAAUGAGAUACACAUUACUCCGGAGGUGCUGCCGUUUGAAGUAAUCCAUGAGGCAUUCGGAGAGGAAUACCUCGAUAGCAAGAUCACGCUCUUCAUGAUCCAUUAGCUCGCUGCUCUGGCCGGCCCAUCAUUCUUCGACGAUUGCCUUGAAUUGCCGCGCGCGCUUCGCCGGCAGAUUAUCGAGGUGGUACAAACGGAGGCCAUGACUGACCGGGAGCCUAUCGGUGCGAUCUGGGAUCGCUGCAAGGUUAAUCUUCAUGACGGUGACCCUGUAAAGGCUCAGAAGAUCAAGUACUAUACCCCCCGCGA